AAACGAUAAGUGUAGAUGCUCCUAACGUUCUGUAAAGAGUGAGUAUAGUGAUUGGUGAAGUGAAAAGAAAGUCGCGUACCUACACUCCUUCCGCAUUAACAAUAAUAAUAAUAAUAAUAGUGGCCUAUUCCCAAUGUUGUGAUUGCACAACUAAUACGCACGACGCACUAUAGAAUCUUCCCCACCUAAGGCGGUGGCCACCGGACGGCGUAUUGUUGUAAACGUAAAAAAAAUGGUAUACCACGACGACAUUGGAUUCGCUGCAAAUCACCGACACCGCCGCUACAACAAUCGUCGUCAGCCUAUGAGUUUUACUACUACUACUACUGCUGCUGCUGUUGUUGCUAUUGUUGUUCCUACUACUACAGGUACUUGUACUAGUUUUACCGCUUUCGCUGCAACCGACUCGCGAUAGUAGUCAAAUGUACGCGGCCCGAGGACGAUCGGUCUGCGCUCUGUUCUUAUCAUCGCCGACACGACGAGUGCUGACGCGUAAUAAUCUGAGGAGAAGUGUUUGAUCAUUGAUCACCUUGAUCUUCGCGACCGGUUCCCCAUUUCCGUCUGAAUUACGUCCGGCUAUGGACUUCAAUUUUCGGCCGUACCUCACUGCAGUGUUCUCCGCAGACCAAGACAGCAGUCGGUGUCUUGCGUGAAGACCGUCUGUCCACAAGGCUGUUGACUUAAGCCCGGCAGUCCCUUCUCAUGGACGAGCGAAAAUGGGUGAUUUAACAUUCUAUACCGUAACAUUCAACGUUGCCACUAGAUCUCCCAGACAACCUCUGGAAGAUUUGCUGCAAUGGAACGGCCGCACUGAACGCCAGCUACCAGAUUUUUGUUUAUUUGGGUUUCAAGAAAUCAAGGCUCAACCUCAAAACUUAUUACUCGAUUCAGUAUUCGAUGACCCGUGGACAGCAGCUCUUAGGGACAUUUUAAGUGGCUAUCAUUAUGUUAAGAUACGUACCGUAAAAAUGGUUGGGUUGCUGCUAAAUGUAUUUUGUAAACGUAAACAUGUGCCUCUUUUAAAAGAAAUGCAAACUUCAGAAACACGUACUGGACUUUUGGGUCUUUGGGGAAAUAAAGGUGCCGUCAGUUUUAGUUUUAAAAUUUACGGGGCGACAAUAUGCUGUGUUAACUGUCACUUUGCUGCUCAUGAAGAAUAUUUAAAACACAGAAUUAAUGAUUAUCACACAAUCGUUGAGAGUCAACAUUUUGGUUCAUCUAGAAAAACUAUUCUAAAUCAUGACUAUGUUUUUUGGUUUGGCGAUCUAAAUUUUCGUUUGGAUGGUAGUAAAUUUAAGUCAGCUGAAGAAAUUGCUCGCCACAUUACUAAUGUGAAUUUGUCGCUAAGAACUGCAACAACAUUAACUGAUAUUUGGGCACAAGAUGAGUUAAGUUCAGUCAUGCAGAAAUCCAAAGCUUUUAAAGGAUUUUUUGAACAAUUGCCAAUGUUUCCACCCACCUAUCGAUAUAUUUUUGGUUCCAGCAGUUAUGAUCUCAAGAGAAGACCUGCAUGGACAGAUCGCAUUUUAUACAAAACUAUUGAUUCGUCAAAUGAAAAGUGUGUACUAGAGGUACUAUCGUAUAAGUACAUUGAUUCAAUACGAUUAAGUGACCAUAGACCAGUUUAUAGCGAAUCCAGUGUUCAAAUCUCUAGUGAAGGACAUUACAACAAUGUUGACCAACCUGUAAUUUUCCAACGAAUUAAGACAUGGCAAUUAGAAACAGAAAAUGAAGUUAAUUUGCAGAUAAAAGAAUAUAUCCCAUGGGUGAAUGAUUGGAUAGGAGUAUUCAAAGAGACAUAUACUAGUCUUGAUGACUAUAUAUCGUAUGUGUACUUACCUUCAGAGACCAUGGAAUGUGAAGAAUCAAAUGAUGAAUAUAGACGAUUUGAUAACAUGACAUCUGUCUGUAGAGUAAAAUUUGUUCCAGAAGUAUUUUCAGAUGGUUCAAAAAGAGUGUGUUUGAAAUUUUCAGAAACUUCAGUGCUAAAUCCAGGCACUUACAGACUAAUAUAUUUUAGUAGUACCAAUAAUUCAGUGCUUGGAGUAUCAAACCCAUUCAUUGCUACCAAACAAACAUGUUCGUUAAAUACAUCUCAUGAAUUUGGUUGGUGAAAUUUCAAUAUUUCCUUAUUGUUGUCAUUAAAAUGUUAUCUACUUAAUUAGAGGGGAAAUUAUUUUAUGUUUGUUCAAAACGUCCAUUAGUUAUUAGUGAAAUAUUGUUUUAAAUUGUAUGUUUCUGUUACAACAUGUGUUUAUUAUUUGCUCAUACUAGUAUUAGAAAUUAUCUGUGAUUAAGGCUGUAGCUAUGCAGAAUGAUUUAUGUUGCAAAUCAUUUUAGAUAUAGAACAAUCAUUGAAAUAUCUGUCUGGCUAUUUGCUAAUAAUAUAAAACUGCUACGUCAAGCAUUCUGUGUAGUUCCAGCAAUCCAGCUAAGUUAAGAUGGAUGAUAAUGUUGAAUAUAAGAUGUUGAAGUUUUGAUAUUUUUAGUGUGUAUUAUAUUUUCAUUGCUAAAUAUAUUGAAAACCAUUUUAUACACUG